UGAUGAUUGGAAUAUGCAUAAACGUGUUCUUGCUUUUCGUGAAUUCAAUGAUCGUCACACUGCUGAUAAUAUUUAUAUUCUCAUUGAACGUAUUUUAAUUGAGUAUAAUUUGAUUGAUAAGGUGUUUGUUGUAGGUUUUGAUAAUGCUAGUAAUAAUACUGCUGCUAUACCUAGAUUACGUGAAUUGUGUGGUGCUUCUACAUUGAUGGGUAGAUUUUUUCAUCAACGUUGUGCAUGUCAUAUUCUAAAUUUGUGUGUACAAGAUGGCUUAGCGGCAUUAGGAAAUGCUUUGGAGGUAGUCAAGGGGGGAAUUAAAUUGAUUUGGGCUAACACUCCACUAAAAAUGCAAUGGCGGCAAUAUUUGAAGGAUAGACGUGUGAAUUAUUGUGCUUUUCCUAAAGAUUUGUCUAUUCGUUGGAAUAGUACUUAUAAUUUAAUUCAAGUACUUGUUAGAUAUAAAGAUCAUUUUCCAGCUUUUUUAAGACAAACUUGUAACUAUAUUAUAAACCCGGCUGACAUCGACACUUGUGAAAA